CCCGGUUACAUUGGGCAGCGACUAAGGUGUUGUGGCGUCAACUUCAGUGACUUCCACCCAGAGUGCUACCCCAUCCGUAUACCCGACGAUGAUCCUGUGUAUGGCAGCCUAGGACUCAAGUGCCAAGAGUACGUACGUACGGGCACUGCCCCCAGGACCGGCUGUACUCUAGGUCCAAGGGAACAGAUCAACCAGGUGACAUCCUUCCUGGACGGCUCUGUGCUCUAUGGCUCUAGCAAGGAGGAGUCCGAUGAGCUUCGAGCUUUCGUUGACGGGGCCCUCAAGGUGCAGCGAGGGCCCGCAGGCACGCAGCUCCUGGCCCAGGAUGACAACCAGAUUGACUGCCGCUCCUCUGCCAGAUACAAGGUGAACGAGCACCUGGGACUGGCUUCCCUCCACCAGCUCUUCGUCAGGGAACACAAUCGCAUCUCCUCCAGCUCUCCAAGCUCAACACUCACGGGACGGACGAACAAGCUUUCCAGGAGGCUAGGAGGAUAG